GAACGAGAGACGGAAAUCAGAUUUCGGCUUUCAGUCAUUGGAUAGACACCGAUCGAAACGAAUGUGUUUGUUGCUGUAUUGAACCCGGCACGAAAAUAAAUCGCGAACGUUUUUUGCGACGAUGCACUUUCCAUGAACGAUGCAAAAUUACGAAGAAGAGUGUUGAAAAGAAAGCCUCCUUUUCAGUUCCUGUAAAAAGUGAAACAUUUUAGUGAGUUUUUCUGUGAAUUCCAAAUUAUGUGAUCCAUGCAAAAGAGAAUUUUGUCCCAAAAUGGCAUUUCUAUCGAAAAAUGAACAAUUGAUUGGUGCAUAACUUAUGCUCAUGCAUUACUCAUCAUUUGCUGAUGUUAUGCUAAGAAUAGACGGAAAUCACGUUUCAAAAAUUCCAUGCCAUUUUCGACUUGUGAAUAUUUUAGCAAAUUUUUGAACAUUGAAUAUCAAACAACAAAUCACCGAAGCGUGUAAUUGAACUGAAGUUUUGCCACAGAACAAAUCAAUUUCGAAGCGAAAAAUAGCCAACGAAGGGAAUUAAAACAUUUAUUGCGUUGAGAGAGAGAAAGAUAGAGGGAGAGAGAAAAAACGAAUUCCGAGUAAAAAAAAAAUUGCACACAAUAAACUUAUAAUGGAUUUAUUGGCCGAUGCAGAACAGAGUAACUUUCUCCGACAAUUUUGGUUGUGCCCAUCGCAAAGUUGAUGUGAAUGUGUGGGAGUGUGUGUGUGUGGUGGUAGCGGCUAUUUCGGUGGCAAUUACAUUAAAAAUUCAAGUACUCAAAAUCACAUUUGUUAGCCUGCUAGUACACAUGCUAUUAUCGAUAUUCAUUAUUGUCACAGUCGCAAAUCAUUAAAAAGCACUGGCUAACAACAAGCCAGUAAAAAAAUAGUACACAAAAAAAGAUUUUGCGGAAGGAUCGAUCGGAAUAGCAGAAAAAAAAGCUACAGAGAAAAAAAUAAACAAACAAAGCGAGAGGAAGAGCGGUAGAAAAAAAGCGAAUACACUGGAAGAAGUGGAACUGCGAAACAGCUUUUUUCACGCUGUUUCGGGACGUAAACUCCGUCAAAGACAUCGAAUUGAAAAGCAACCAACAGCGAAACAGUGCACAAACAUACACAACACGAGUGGGAGGGAGAGAGAGAGAGAGAACGGCACGACUAGCACCACAAAAAAGUGCUUCACAAAAGAUAGAAUUGUUAUUCUUUGUGCAAGAAUAUUGUUGUGCUGCGUCGGCUUUUCGAUCGAAACGUACAACCGAGAGAGAAUGCGCGCGCGAAGCAACGAAAUUGUGCAAAAAGGACGGAGUAAGAGCGAGUGAGUGCAUUUCAAGCGAAAACAGUGGUUAUUUCCCACAAUUCCGAAUAUUUCCCUCUACCCAGCCACCGUCGUAUCGUCAAUUUACAAUCCGCUAUUUUCCACACUUACUCAAUUGCUUCUAUUUGUGCGUUUGCAAAUAAAUGUGUCGCGUUGAAUCUGCUGCACAAAUUCGAAAACCGAGUCACAUAGAGAUACCGAUAGAGAGGGAGUGAGAACGAGGCGCAUUUUUUACGAGCUGUUUGUUUAUUUUCGCCUGAUAUGCAAAUAACACAAUGGAUGUUAGUAUGUUUACGCUUCGAACGAACAACGUAGACAUAAUUCCGAGCAGUGCGAGUAAAAUUAUGUAAUAUUUUAUGUAUAUACCGACCCCGAUAGACAGACACAUACACAAAGAGCGAGCGAGCGAGCGCGGGCGACCGAGAAUCAAAAAAGCGGAAAGAGAAAGUCGGCAAAAGACAACUGAAUUGCUUAUUAGUGCGAGAGAUAGACAAAGCAUAAAAUUGCAUUCAGCACAAACAAAAAAAAAACAAUUUUCUCGUUUUCAGUCAGUUUGUGAGCUUUGCAUUUUUUUCCGUCGUUUUCCUUUCGGCAAUUCGUACUGUAUGUUGGCGGUGGUGACUAUUUGUGCAUGCACCUUGAAUGCGUAAACUGUUUUCAAUUUGAAAGUGAAUCCGAAAAAUACACAUCGAGUUAGUGAGUGUGUUUGUGUGCUAAAAAGUGAAGCAUAGAAACCAUAGCCUAACAUAAUUUGAACCGUGUACGCGAUCGUCGUCGUCGUCGUCGUCGUCGUCAUGGCAAAUCAAUCUCUUUUAGUGUUACAUUGAGUGAUAUUCAUGUGUGACGCUCAUAAUUAUGCAUCGUGUGUUUUGUUCACUUUCAUGGCAUAUGAGCACCGUGACGGCAAUCGAUGAAGGUGAACAUAGGGAAAAUUGUCACACACACUAACAUUAACGUUUCGGUAGGGCAAACAAAAAAUCGCAUCCGACCAGUUCUUUUCGUUUUUUUUUUCGCUCGUUUUCGGCUUACCCGUGAGAGCAACGCGUGUGUCACGCUCAGAUUUUAUGAUGAAAAAUUUAUGAGUCUUACCCAGUUUUCCACAUAGUCGAAAGAGUCGAAAAACGGGAAACACAGUGAUUAUACUGAACGAAAAUACAGCAGUAGCAGGCAGAGAGAGAAAUAACCGAGAACUGAAAAACAUACAAAAGUAAUACAGCGUAACUACCAGCGGAAAUCGUGGAAAACGCCAACCUCGAAAAAAGGAGAAGAAAAAAAAACACGACAAAAGAAUAAACAAAGUGAAACCGGUAUCACAAACGGUUGAUGUAAUAAAACGUACCAUUGUACACACAGCAGCCACGGCAACGGUCAACGUUGAGCUAACGAGAAAUGCAAUUUUAUGGUAUUUGUGCUUCAUUGUAAAAAUGCAAUUAAGAUGAAGUUGGAUAUUUUAAAUAAACUCUUCUUGUGGAUUGGACUCAUUGCCGUUGCACACAUUCCACGGUCCAUAAACGGUAAACAACACUCCACAGAGGAUACAACCUCCGAAAUAAGCGAAUUGAAUUUACCUCGUUUCGCUGAACCAAUACCAAAUAUCACAGUAACAAUCGGCAAAGAUGCGCUACUAGCAUGCGUUGUAGAUAAUUUGAAAUCAUAUCGGGUGGCUUGGGUUCGUGUAGACACACAGACUAUUCUAUCUAUUCAUCACAAUUUAAUCACACAAAAUCAUAGGAUUAGCUUAACUCACAACGACCAUAGGUCUUGGUAUUUACAUAUUAAAGAUGUGGAAGAAGAUGACCGAGGAUGGUACAUGUGUCAAAUCAAUACGGAUCCAAUGCGGUCGAAGAAGGGAUAUUUACAAGUAGUCGUUCCGCCGAUAAUUGUCGAAUCAUCGACAAGUAAUGAUAUGGUGGUUCGUGAGGGCAGUAACGUCACAUUAGUCUGUAAAGCGAGAGGCUACCCUGAACCAUAUGUAAUGUGGAGGCGGGAAGAUGGUGAUGAAAUGACGAUAGCUGGUCAAAGUGUGAAUGUAGUUGACGGUGAAAUGUUGACCAUUACAAAAGUGAGUCGAUUGCAUAUGGCACCCUAUCUCUGUGUCGCAUCGAAUGGAGUGCCUCCCUCAAUCAGCAAACGAGUACUAUUACGCGUACAAUUUCCGCCAAUGUUAUCUAUUCCAAAUCAAUUAGAGGCAGCAUAUCAGGGGCAGGAUGUUACAUUGGAAUGUCAGACAGAGGCAUACCCAGCAUCGAUUAAUUACUGGACCACUGAGAAAGGUGAUAUGAUAAUAUCCGAUGCGGCUCGAUCAGGCGACAAAUACGAGACAUCUUCAACGAAUAUCGGUUACAGCAAGUAUAUGAAGCUGAAAAUUCGAACGGUUGGACCCGGUGACUACGGAUCCUACCGUUGCGUUGCAAAAAAUUCGCUAGGCGAAACCGAUGGAUUAAUCAAACUCGAAGAACUAAUUGCACCGACGACCGUAAAAACAACCGAACACUACAUGGAGAAUGGCAAAAAAUCCAAAGACUCACAAAUGGUCGGCGACUACGGUGUUGAAGAGUGGAAGGACGGAGAACAUAAUGGUGAAUAUUCAGCUGCAUCAAAACCACCGAAUCAACAUCCUCCCGGGGCUUACAGCGACGCCAUAACCAUAACCAUUUCAACUCGUUCGACUCGUAUUUGCUGUUGUAUUUUUUAUGCUCUUGUACUUUUAGUUAACUGCAAAACUUUAUUUUCUGUUGGUAAAAUUUUCCACUUGAAUAGGUAAAAAAAUUUCACCUAAAAAACACUAGAAGAAGAAAGAAGAAAAACACACUCUCUCACACACACACACACACACACACAGAGAGAGAGAGAGAGAGAGAGAGAGAGAGAGAGAGAGAGAGAGUGAGAGAGCACAAGUUCUAUAUAUAGACAUUAUUGCGUAUACACAUAUAAAUUGAUAGGAGAGCUAGUAAACUGAAUUAAAGAAAGCAAAAGUAUAAAAAGAAAAAACACAGAGAGAAAGAACUAGUAUGUAUUUGUUUAAAAUUAAGAGAAACUCGAAAUGAAUUCACGAAAGUUUAUUCCAAGAAAAUGUUGUGUGUUUAAGUGUAAUGUGAACGUCAAUUGUGUAUGAAUUGUGAGUGUCUUGAACGUUUGAGAUAGUUUGUGUGAGUGUGAUAGUAUGAGAGUGAAUGAGUUGAAUGCGUUUUACACGUAGCGUGACGUCGACAAGAAAAUAAGGUAAUAUAGCGGGUGGGAUAGGAAAUUAGUGGCAAAAUGGCCCCGUUUCUUGAAUUGAAAACAAAGGAAUUAAGAAACUAAGAAGCAGCUCAAAAUUAAAAUCGACAUUUCACUCAUUAAGCGGGCGGGAAUGGAAGAAAUGUAUCGCCGAUUUUCCCUCAAAGUAAAACUAUAUUUUAAUCAUUCAUACACUUCUCGGCGUCAAUGGCAGAGCGGGAGGAGGAGAGGGAGGUCGAAAACCAUUUUCCAAACACGUCUUAUUAUAAAGCAAUAAGUGAAAAUGGGAAAAGUUUUUAUGUGUGAAAUCGCUAGAGAAUAUUAUUGACAUGGAUUGAAGUAACAUACGUGCAUGGUGCAACCAGCGUACACAACACAUACUCGCACUCGCACACUUUCGAUCAGCAGAGGAAAGUCAGUUUGAAAAAAAUUAUAAUUUACGAUAGAAAUACAAUCGAACGAGCAUAAAAUGAAGCAUUCACAUAAAAAUAGCUUGCAUUCGUAUUACGAUAGGUGUCAAUGAUAUUCGAACGGGAGUGCGCUGGAAGCGAAAAACGCUAACAAUUCUCUUUUCUUCUCCAUCACUUCUGUUCAUGUCUUCGAAAUGAUUCUCAUAAAUUGUUUAUUCGUAUCCGAAACUUUUAAAGUGAAAAAUCAAUUUUUUUCGAUGUAAACUUUCUGUAUACCGAUUUUGCUAUGUGUUUACGUGUGUAGGGAAUUAAGUUGUUACAUAGUCAGCGUUUAGACAAAUCAAUGAGCGUGCUAAACGUGCACACAUGUUUACAUCCUUCGAACAUCUCUCCCCCAUGCAAUGGCUGCGCAUGUUGUUUGCCACAGCGAAAUUACGGCUCAAAUAUCAUUUUGCUGAAUAAUGCAGUUAAUUAGAUUCAAUUUAAAUUUUCUUUUGUGCACACAAUUAUGGGCGAACAGCAUCCGCAAUGCAUAAGCAAUAUGAUACUACCAUUGUCAUGCAUACUUUGAAUUAACUACGUAUAUAUAUUAAACUCGCGCUGCGUAAAUAAACAGCGAUGAUGAUCCGAUGCUAAACUAAACGCUUCACACAUAAUCAAAAUCGGUAAAAGCUCAUUUUCAUUUCGUUAAAUUGGUAUGCCAAACGCCGCUAUGCAUCGCAUCGCAUCGAUUUCGGCUCACGUGCUUAAUGUUUAUAUUAAUUAGUGUGUAUUCAAUUGUUAGCGACAACGUACGUGAAUUGAAUUGCUCAGUACAAUUAUUGUCGUUUUUUUUUUUUUCUCGUUCCGGGAUUCGGCACCCAUGUAGAGUGGAAUUUCAUUUUUUUGGCAAUCAAUAGCAAGCGCACGUUGUUCAGCCAAAAAAUUGACUCAUUUUUCUCGAAAUGUGUUGGCAUUUUGACAAGUAGCAAAAUUCACACUUCGACUCCACCGGGAGAAUGGAGCAAAAUCUGUUGGGAAUUUAUGUUUUGGGUGCAAAUUGACAUAAAAAUGAGAAAAGUACUAUGAUUUGCGACUUCGAUAAAACCGAAGUGAAAGCAAAAAUAUGAAAAAUCAGCAAAAGAAAUAUAGAGAGAAAACUUAUACAUAAUCAGAUAACAAAAAUAUCAUGGUGAUUUGUUGAGAAUAAUAUAUUAAAGGAUAUAUAUGUAAAAAAAUGAUGACUAUUUAUAUGAUAAGAUUUAAUGUUUCAAAAAUUGACAUGUUUUUAAAAUGCAAGCAUCACCUAUCUAAGCAAGGAAACACUUGAAGUUCUUCAUUAGUAAGAUUAACAAAGCUCAUGAAUAAAUUAAUAAAGAAAAUUGACGAGUUUCGGCUGUUUCACACUAACAAAACGAGAAAAAAAACAACAGUUUCAAACUCUGAAGCUAUCCUUUGUUGUUUCUGAUUGAAUAAAUACUAAGUAAAUUGAGUAAAGAAAACGCGCUUUGCUAUAAAUA